UGGGGACGGGCACGCCCAUCUAGAUUAAAGUAUAGUACAAGUCAAGUCUGAGUGUAUUUAUACAAAAUACCUUCAAGUUACAGUGUAACUUCGCAAGAGGAGAUCUCAUGGCUGUUAAGAUAUGGCAUUCUUUUGUCUUCAAAAUAUUGGUGUAUGCUGGUAUACGCUUGGUGCUUGGUGGUCUGACUCGUGACUACACUGAAACCCCCUGUGCUGGUGAUAUGAUCUCCCUCACUUGUACAGUGCCUGGGGCUUUACUGGAAUGGGACGUGCCUGAACCAACGAGGGACAUACAACUUGAUGCUGGAUCUGUAGUCCCAUUCCAACGAAAUCAGUACACAAUUAACACAGCUGUGUUGACGUUGAAUUCCACCAGUUCAAUGUUCUCCUCCAGUUUGAGUUUCCCUGCAACGGACGGGAUCACUAUUGGUUGUUUUCCUCUAACAGAGCCAAUGAUGAGGAACGAACUCACCAUACUGACAGCAACUGCUCCUUUACAACCGAAUGGAUUCAGUAACUCAAUUUUGAGUACUUUAGCAAACAAAGUUAAUGUUUCUGUUCGUUGGGAUCCUCCUAAUGGCAGAAAUGAUAUCACCUACACAGUGACUAUCUCACCUCCGGCCCAGCUCUCUGCAACUGUCACCUCUGUCACUGUGACUGCUCAGUAUAAUGUGGACUACACUGUCAGUGUUGUGGCUACCAAUUGUGCUGGGAACAGUACGGCAGCUGAGUACAACUUUAGGAUUGGCAAUUACUGUCCUGUGUUGACCAACCCCAUGAAUGGAGUGUUUGGACCAACCACCAACAGUUUGCCAGGAUCCACGAUAACCAUCCAGUGUGAUGCUGGGUAUGUGUCUACUGUUACAAUGGUGACAUGUGAGGGUACACUCAUGUGGAGUCCAGACCCUGAGGCUAUUGAGUGUACAUCACUAACCACACAUACUCCCACAACUCUCCCCCCUCAAAUGAAUUGCACAGCUUCACUACCCCCACCACGAAAUGGCACCAUCAGUGGUCAUUCAGUACCAGCUAUUCCUGGUACACGAGUGGCCUUUCAGUGUGACGAUGGACUGUUCCCUGAGGGAAUAAUGACUGUCACCUGUCUAGCUACAGGAGAGUGGGACAGGAACACGGGGGAAAUUGUCUGCAGAGCUGCUCUUUGUAAUUGCGCCAGCCUAUCUGAUAGGAGUCAAUUUGAUGCAGCUGUCUCCAUCAGUGUGGUUGUCACGGCAGCUCUAUUCACAGUCAUUGGAUUGUUGAUGGGACUCUUGAUAAUGUAUUUGCUCAUGCGUAAGAAGGCAGCGUACUCCCCGUCAGCUGAAGGUCAAGCUAAUGUAGGACACACUGUACCAGCUGGUCCUGUUUAUGAGGAGGUGUCACCCAAAGAGGAGAUUGAACUGAACACUAACCAGGCGUAUGGACCAUUAGGACAGUGAAACUUCUGUUAAUGUGCAUGCAUGCUCAUGCACAAUUUUGACCACUUAAGAACAAAUGUAUACAGCAAAAUUUGUUCAUUAAAAGCCACUAUAUCUUUUAUACUACUAAAAA